AAGAAGAAGGAAGAAGAGGGGCAGUGCAGGGCUUGGCUUCCCUUAUGGCUUUGCUGACUGAAGGGGGCAGCCUUUGUUUCGCUGACCCUUUGGUUUUUGAGGGUAAAAGCUAAAUAAACGACAUGCCCGUUGCUCCAUCAUGUUGAGUCUGUCUUAACUAGAAUUAAAAAGGAAAAGGAGGGAGAGGAGAAGAGAGAGAGACCCUUAACACUGACUCACUCUCUAUUUCUUUCUCGUUUCUCUCUCUUCUCUCUGCACUUUAUACUGUUCAAAUUCGAUACUUUGCUGUUUUUACAGAGAACGAGGCCCUUUGGGAGCACAAGACAGAGAAAGAGAAGCUCUAUGAGCUUUAUAUCUCUCUAAAACUUUCUCUCUCUCUCUCUCUCUAUUCUUAUGUCUUUGCCUCCCACAUUGUCUUCUUCUACUACUUCAGAAUCUCCCCCUCAUUUCUUCACUCACCACUUACCACAAGUUUUCUCCUCUGCCUCUGUUUUGUUUCCUGGGUCUACUGAAAGGAAGGGAUUUUGGGUUUUGGAGUUUGGGGUUUGGGGUUUGGGGUUUCAUCUUCCCAAGUCUUUGGAGUUUCUGAGCUUUGUUUUGGGCUUGUGGGAACGACCCAGAAGUUUUGGCUGGAGAAGAAUCCUUGUCCAUUUUAUGGGGUUCUGAUUGUUCUUUUGAUGAUCUGAAGCGAAACCCCCAAAUUCUGAGUGGGGAGAGAAUACUAGUGAAGCUGUAUGAAGUAGUGCUGGAACAAUGAGAGAUGAGAAUUCUAAGAAAAGCAAGCUCUCUUGGUCCAAGAAAAUGGUCAGAAAGUGGUUCAAUAUCAGGUGCAAAAGCGAGGAUUUUCAAGCAGAUGAUGUUGCUUAUAGAGGAGGUGAAAUGGAUUACAGGAGCAGCAGCUUCUCAGAGAGGGAACCAUGCACCAUCAAGAAAAGCAAAACAGAGAAAUUCAGCAAAAAUGGCGAGCCAGGGCGGCGAGGGAAAAUGAAUCUUGACCAUCCUCGUAUUAUUGAUGUGCAGAACUAUAGCAUUUUUGUUGCUACAUGGAACGUGGCUGGAAGAUCUCCUCCUAACAAUCUAAAUCUGGACGAUUGGCUUCAUUCUUCACCUCCUGCAGACAUUUAUGUUCUUGGAUUUCAGGAGAUAGUGCCAUUGAAUGCUGGUAAUAUACUAGGUGCAGAAGACAAUGGCCCUGCUAAAAAGUGGCAGGCUCUCAUCCGAAAGACUCUGAACAAUCUUCCGGGAACAAGCGGGGGUAAUGCGUGUUAUACGCCAUCUCCAAUACCAAAACCCAUUGUGGAGAUAAAUGCAGAUUUUGAGGGGUCUGCUAGGCAGAAGAAUUCAUCUUUCUUCCAUCGUCGAUCAUUUCAAACGACCCACAGUUGGAGAAUGGAUAAUGAUCCUUCAAUACCACAGCCACGACUUGACCGUAGAUUCAGUGUAUGCGACCGUGUGAUCUUCGGUCAUAGGUCGAGUGAUUUUGAUCCUAAUUUUAGAUGGGGACACAGGCCAAGUGACUACUGUAGGCCAAGUGACUACUCAAGACCAAGUGACUACUCAAGGUCUAGCGACUUUUGCAGGCCAAGUGACUACUCUAGGCCGAGCGACUUUUGCAGGCCAAGUGACUAUUCCAGGCCUAGUGACUGCUCAAGAUGGGGCUCGUCAGAUGACGAUAAUGUUCCGUGGGAGUCACCAAGCACUGUUUUAUUCUCACCAAUGUCCCAUGGUGGAUCCUCAUCCCAGGAUGGUGGAUAUAGAAUGCCAGGACAUUCAAGAUAUUGCUUAGUUGCAAGCAAGCAAAUGGUUGGCAUAUUUCUCACAAUAUGGGUAAAAAGUGACUUGAGGGAUCAUGUCCGAAACAUGAAAGUUUCUUGUGUUGGUAGAGGAUUGAUGGGCUACCUUGGAAAUAAGGGAUCGAUUUCUAUCAGCAUGUCUUUGCAUCAGACAAGCUUUUGCUUCAUUUGCACUCACUUAACAUCCGGAGAGAAAGAAGGUGACGAGCUUAGAAGAAACUCCGAUGUGAUGGAGAUACUUAAGAAGACAAGGUUCCCACGAGUUCACAGUGCAGGCGACGAGAAGUCCCCAGAAACGAUCCUCGAGCACGAUCGUGUUAUUUGGCUCGGGGAUUUGAACUAUCGGAUUGCUCUUUCUUACCGUUCCGCCAAGGCACUUGUGGAGAUGCAAAACUGGAGGGCAUUGCUUGAGAAGGAUCAGUUACGAAUUGAACAAAGACGAGGGCGUGUAUUUGCUGGAUGGAAUGAAGGAAAGAUCUACUUUCCUCCCACAUACAAGUAUUCAACUAAUUCAGACCGAUAUGCAGGGGAGGGCGCUUAUCCCAAAGAGAAACGUCGUAAGCCUGCUUGGUGCGAUCGGAUAUUGUGGCACGGAGAAGGCCUCCAUCAGUUAUCCUAUGUCCGUGGAGAGUCAAGGUUUUCCGACCAUAGACCUGUUUAUGGAGUUUUUUGGGCUGAGGUCGAAUCCAGCCGAGGGAGAUUAAAGAAAAGCAUGAGUUAUUCAAGUUCCAGGAUUGAGGUCGAGGAGCUUCUCCCGUACGCACAUGGAUACACUGAACUAAACUUUUUCUGAAAGUGAGAUCAAAUGGCUACAAAAUCCAGCCAUAAAUAGAGUGAGGCCUGUGGAAGAACUUAAAAAUGGUGGUGGAGCUCAUCCGUGAAGGCUGAUGGUGACAUUUCAUAGCCCACAGUCCGAAAAAGUUCUCAAUUCAGGAAUCCCUCUCUUUAGGUUAGCUAAUUUCACUGACCUUCCUUCCCAACAACACCCAUUUUGCCUUUGGUCAUCAUUAUAUCUUGUUAGCUGCUGCUGCUGCCUGCUGAGUUUACUCACUUUUUAGUACAACCUGCAUAAUUCGGUCUCCUAAUCGACGACGAUUAGCUUUCAGGACUGAGGAAAAACUCAUCCAGAACGGCGCAAUGCCAUGUGGAUCGACUAAUAUUUUUGCCCCUCUUGAUUUUUUUCCCCCCAUCUUCAUUUCUUGAUUCUUUUUCUCUCUGUCUAGGAAAAUACACAUUGGUUGCUAAAUACAAGUGAAAGGUAGUCAAGUGAA